AUGACCCAUUUUUCUCAAUUUCGAUUUUUCGAUGGUCCAUGCGCCUUUAAAGUCGAAAAUUCGAAAUCGAGCAAUAUAGGCCGUGUUUAUACUCAUUUUGAAGAUAUUCACAAGAAAAAUCUAAAAAAUUAA